AUGUUGGAAGGAGCCGUAGCAAGAAUAUUAAAUCAAAUUUUAGAAAAAUAUGUAACAGACAUAGACUUCGGAAAUUUAAAUGUAGGAAUUUUUUCUGGUCAAGUUCAACUUACCGAUUUAAAGAUUAAACCUGAGGCACUGUAUGAAUUGCAACUGCCAAUCGAAGUAACAGCAGGAACGAUCGGGAAAAUAUGGCUGAAAAUACCAUGGACUGCACUAUGGCAGGAACAAAUCGUCAUAAGCAUAGAAGACGUUCUCAUUGUCUCGGAGCCUGUGGUAAAUGGUCACGAGUUCGACGCAGAAAUAAACAAGACACUUCUGAGAGCCAUGAAGAAAAAACUUCUCGAUGACGUUCAUCUAUUGGGCGGACCUUCUUCCUUUGCUCAACACCUCAUCACCAACUUACUGAACAGACUUCAGCUCACUGUUUCAAACGCAGACCCCAAAUCUGAAAACUCUCAUUACCUGGUCAAAUUGGACGCACUGUCCACAUACUGGAAUCACGAUGCAAAAUUGGGAAAAUGGAAUUUACCUUCUGAUUAUUAUGCUUGGAAAAAUGCAAUGUCAUUAAGUUUGCAAAGCUACAAAAUGAACGACGAAGAAUUCGAUUUUGGUAAACAAAACUAA